AUGAUGACCCAAGUCAACUACCCGGAUCCCGCGCUACAAGAACUGAUCCGCCCCAUCUCCUCCACGCUUUCCUUCUAUCUCAACGGGACAAGGAUAGACCUACAGAAUCCUAACCCGCAUUGGACAUUACUGGACUUUAUUCGAUCCCAGCAUGGCUUGAAAGGUACGAAACUGGGAUGCGGUGAAGGUGGAUGUGGAGCCUGUACCGUUGUCUUGCAAACACGCGACAUUCGGAAUCCCCGACGAAUUCGACAUUUGGCCGUCAAUGCAUGCUUGUAUCCAUUGAUCGGGGUGGCUGGCAAACAUGUCAUUACCGUGGAAGGACUGGGCAAUGUCGACCAUCCCCAUCCUUUACAGGAGCGGUUGGGCAAGUUGCAUGCUUCUCAAUGUGGUUUCUGUACGCCCGGCAUCGUCAUGUCGCUGUAUGCCCUCAUCCGCAACGCUUUCGACCCCGAUACUCUCGAGUUCACCCUGUGCGAGGAUGACAUAGAGAUGAAGGGCCAUCUGGAUGGGAAUCUCUGUCGAUGCACUGGAUACAAGCCCAUCUUACAAGCAGCCAAGACGUUCAUCCAGCAGGAUCUGCAGCUUCCGUUACGCCCGUCCGAAAGAUCCAGUCCCACCGCAUCCGGCAACUUGACUAUCUCCCCUGACUCGUACAAGCAGAGCAGCGGAAAAUCUUGCGGGCGUCCAGGGGGCUGCUGUCGUGAUACCCCUGGGUCAUCCUGUUCAUCCAGUCCGAGUAGUUAUGGUCAAAGUUCGCGGACCAGCAUGUCAUCCCAGGUAGGACCAUCGGCACCCCAAUUCGAAUUCAUUCCAUACACACCGAGAACAGAGCUCAUCUACCCUCCUGGCCUGUCCAAACACAUUGAUCUUCCUUUGUGCUAUGGCAACGAACAAAAACUCUGGAUACGUCUUACCACCCUUGAGCAGCUGAUCCAGAUCAAGACGGCAUGCCCAUCGGCCACUCUGGUCAACGGUGCCAGUGAGGUGCAGGUGGACAUUCGCUUCAAGGACGCGCACCAUCCAGUGUCGAUAUUCAUCGGAGAUAUCAAGGAGCUAGCGAGUAUCAGCACCGUGUCGACGGCUGGACACGUAUCUGAGCUGGUCAUUGGCGGCACUGCCUCCUUGAACGACAUUGAAGCCGAAUGUCACCGUCUCAUUCCUUUGCUGCAGUCUCAGGCGUCAGUUAUACAAGCCAUCGCCAAGGCUCUGCGAUACUUUGCCGGUCGCCAGAUCCGUAACGCGGCCUCUCUGUCCGGAAAUAUUGCUACUGCUUCUCCUAUCUCGGACUUGAAUCCGUUGCUCCUGGCAGUCAAUGCAACGGUCGGCUCGCGCACAACACAGGGUGAACAUUUGCAGUCCAUGGACUCUAUGUUUCUUGGGUAUCGCAGGACGGCACUACCGGAGGGAGCAAUCAUCACCCAGAUUCGCAUUCCAAUCCCGUCGCCGCAGGUACGCGAGAUCACCAAGUCCUACAAACAGGCCAAACGCAAGGAUGAUGAUAUCGCCAUUGUCACAGCCGGUUUCCGCGUGAGGCUAGACAACCAUGCAGUAGUUCAAGAGGUUACUCUAGUGUACGGGGGCAUGGCUCCUACUACCGUCCUCGCAUCAAGUGCCGGCAAGUCUCUCAUCGGUAAGCCUUGGGGAGAUACAAAGGUCCUGGACGAAGCAUUGGACGCCCUUCUGGUUGAUUUCACCCUCCCAUACAGUGUUCCCGGUGGCAUGGCUACGUAUCGACGGACUCUAGCACUAUCGUUCCUUGUGCGGUUCUGGAACGAUGUCCUCUCUGACCUACAGAUCGGAGGCAAGGUCGACACAGAUCUUACGGAAGAGAUCCACCGGAAAGUCUCCCACGGCACGCGCGACAACAGAAAUCCCCAUGAGCAACGGGUAGUCGGCAAACAGAUCCCCCAUCUAUCCGGGUUAAAGCACGCAACCGGGGAAGCUGAGUAUGUGGACGACAUGCCGCCGCAGCACCGCGAACUAUUCGGCGCGAUGGUGCUUUCCCAACGUGCUCAUGCCAGGAUCAUCUCGGUCGAUUGGACGCCAGCACUGCAACCCGGUUUGGCGGUAGGAUACAUCGACCAUCACAGCAUCCCUGCGGAGGCGAAUGCCUGGGGUUCUGUCAAGCGUGACGAACCGUUCUUCGCCGUUGAUGAGGUUGUGGCUCAUGGGCAGCCCAUCGGCAUGGUCUAUGCGGAGACCGCGCUGCAAGCUCAAGCAGCCGCCAAAGCCGUUCGCGUGAUAUACGAGGAUCUUCCAGCGAUUCUAACCAUUGAUGAAGCGAUUGCUGCUCGAAGCUUCUUCCCCUAUGGCAAGGAGCUGAGGAAGGGUGCUCCUCCGGAGAAAAUGCAGGAGGUGUUUGCUCAGUGCGACCGGGUCUUCACCGGAACGACGCGUGUAGGCGGGCAGGAGCACUUCUAUCUCGAGACCAAUGCAGCGCUGGUGAUCCCACAUUCGGAGGACGGGACGAUGGAAGUCUGGUCCUCGACGCAGAAUACAAUGGAGACACAGGAAUUCGUCAGCCUGGUCACUGGAGUGCCGAGCCAUCGCGUCAACGCCCGGGUCAAGCGCAUGGGAGGGGCCUUUGGCGGCAAAGAAUCCCGCAGCGUGCAGUUGGCCUGUCUGCUGGCCAUCGCAGCCAAGAAGGAACGACGACCCAUGCGGGCGAUGCUCAAUCGGGACGAGGAUAUGAUGACCACAGGCCAACGGCACCCGGUGCAAUGCCGGUGGAAAGUGGGCGUCAUGAACGACGGCCGGCUAGUUGCCCUGGACGCGGAUUGCUACAACAAUGCCGGCUGCUCGUUGGAUUUGAGUGGCGCUGUAAUGGACCGCUGCUGUACGCAUCUGGACAAUUGCUAUCACUUCCCCAAUGUGCAUAUCCGCGGCUGGGUCUGCCGCACCAAUACCCACAGUAACACUGCUUUCCGCGGGUUCGGCGGUCCCCAGGCCAUGUUCAUAGCGGAGAGCUACAUGACAGCGGUGGCAGAGGGCCUCAAUAUUCCGAUUGAUGAGCUGCGCCGGCGGAAUCUCUAUGAGCAAGGGCAACUGACGCCAUUCCUGCAGCAGAUCGACGAAGACUGGCAUGUGCCAUUGCUCAUGGACCAAGUGCGACGGGAAGCCCGGUAUGACGAACGACGCGCGGCCGUGGACAAAUUUAACGCGCAGCAUAGAUGGCGGAAGCGAGGGAUCUGUCUCAUCCCGACCAAGUUCGGUCUGUCUUUUGCCACGGCCAUCCAUCUCAACCAGGCCGCCGCGUCUGUUAGGAUCUACGCGGAUGGAUCAAUUCUGCUCAAUCACGGCGGCACAGAGAUGGGCCAAGGUCUCUACACCAAGAUGGUGCAGGUUGCCGCCGAGGAACUAAGAGUCCCUAUUGAGAACGUCUACACGCAAGAUACCUCGUCGUAUCAGACAGCAAAUCCCUCACCAACUGCCGCAUCAUCCGGAAGCGAUCUUAACGGGAUGGCGGUCAAGGACGCCUGUGAUCAACUCAACGAGCGCUUGAAGCCGUAUCGCGAGAAGUUUGGCCCAGACGCGCCCAUGUCUACGAUUGCGCAUGCUGCCUACUUUGAUCGAGUCAACUUGACAGCAAGCGGGUUUUGGAAAAUGCCCAAGAUCGGGUACCAGUUGGGCAACUACGAUCCGAAGACGGUGAAGCCGAUGUACUACUACUUCACGCAGGGCGUUGCAUGCACCGAGGUAGAACUGGAUCUUCUAACAGGCGACCACACCGUCUUACGCACCGAUAUCAAGAUGGAUGUGGGACGAUCUAUUAACCCUGCCAUCGACUAUGGCCAGGUCGAAGGGGCAUUUAUCCAGGGACAAGGACUUUUCACAAUGGAAGAGUCUCUAUGGAGCCGGAAUGGACAGCUGGCCACUCGUGGGCCUGGUAACUACAAAAUUCCCGCUUUUGGAGACAUUCCCCAGGAGUUCAAUGUGAGUUUCCUGCAGGGGGUCUCAUGGCAGCAUCUUCGGUCUAUCCAGAGUAGCAAGGGAUGUGGUGAGCCGCCUCUGUUCCUUGGAUCGACCGUGUUAUUCGCUCUACGGGAGGCGCUGAAAAGUGCCCGUGAAGAUCACCAGGUGCUGGAACCUUUGGUAUUGGACAGUCCGGCGACUGCAGAGAGGUUGCGCCUCGCUGUGGGAGAUCCGUUAGUUAAGAAGGCAACGGUUAAGGCGAAAGACGGCGAGACUCCUUUCUUUGUAUCAGUGGCAUAA